AUGUCAUUGACGAUCAACAAAAACAUUCCGGUUUAGAACAAAAGCAAAAGAUAUAUGUAAACCUUCUCGAGCAAUUGUGUAAAAGCAGAAAUUAGUGUCUUGUUUCCAAUUUAAUGAAUAGUUGAUAAACAAUGGCUGAUGAAGACGAUCCAAAGGAGUACCGCUGGGAAACUGGCUAUGAAAAGACAUGGGAAGCAAUCAAGGAAGACGACGAUGGCCUGGUUGAAGGAUCCGUAGCGGAAAUCAUCCAGAAAGCUAAACGCAAGCGACAAGCGAUGAAGAAGGGCUUCAGCAAGCUGGGAAUGAUGCGUCACGUGUAUAUAGUUUUAGAUUGUUCCGAGGCGAUGACCGUACCUGACCUGAAACCAACGAGAUUUCUUUGUACACUGAAACUUCUUGAAAUAUUCAUCGAGGAAUUCUUCGACCAAAAUCCUAUAUCCCAGCUGGGAGUGAUCGCCAUGAAAGCCAAGCGUGCUGAGAAGAUUACAGAGCUGAGCGGGAGCUGUCGGAAGCAUAUCAAAGCGGUUGGUGCUUUAAACAAACUUAGUUUAGUCGGGGAGCCAUCGCUGCAAAACGGGCUGGAGCUAGCUUUUAAAACGCUGAAAUUGGUUCCGUCACAUGCGAGUCGUGAGGUGCUGGUUGUUAUGGGAAGUUUGACUACCUGUGAUCCAACAGAUAUUCAUAUUACCAUCGAUGCGUUGAAAACGGAAGGAAUUCGUUGUUCGGUUGUUAGUUUAUCUGCUGAAAUACGGAUAUGUAAGUUCCUGUGUACAGAAACGGGUGGUAUAUAUGGAGCAGUAUUGGACGAUGCGCAUUUCAAAGAUCAACUGCUGCAGCAUAUCGAUCCUCCGCACGCAGGAAAUCAACAAGACUUCUCAUUGAUUAAAAUGGGUUUCCCCCAUGGAAAAACUGAAGAAGGAAAGGACCCUGCCCUAACCAUGUGUAUGUGUCAUAUAGACAGUGUUGAUGACCCAGCAAAGCUCACUUCCGGAGGUUAUCACUGUCCGCAAUGUUUCAGCAAGUAUUGCGAAUUGCCCGUCGAAUGUGCCUCUUGUGGAUUGACGCUAGUUUCGGCUCCUCAUCUCGCUCGAUCCUAUCAUCAUCUGUUUCCGGUUCCACACUUCCAAGAGCUCACAUACGAGCGGCAAGCUACUAUCUGCUACGGUUGCCAGAAGUGCUUCAAUGAAAGUACUGACAAAACCGUUUACCAGUGUGGGUCCUGCAAGCAAAUAUUUUGCAUUGAUUGCGAUAUAUUUAUCCACGAAACGAUGCACUCUUGCGUAGGAUGCACCACAAUACCAGCGUCGGUACAUGCUUUGCAGGCUCGGAAACCUGUGCCACCACCGCACAGUCUAUCGAUAAUUUGAACGAUACGAAUGUAAUGUAAUGUGUUGCUGGUCAAUGUUCGCAUUAUUUACGCAAUAAAA